AUAAACGACCACUGAAGGAAACUCAGCCAGGAAAAAAGUUAUAUUUUAUAUACACAGCUCAUUUUCCAGUUUUAUCUCAUUUCCAAAUGUUUUUCGCCAAUUUCUUGAAUUAAUGGUGCUACUUAUUUUAACACGCGAGUAAAGAACUAUUGUAUUUUUCGUAGUAUAAAUUCAAUACAAUGAAAGUACACUUUCGUGAACAGUAUGGUUCGACCGGAGAGGAAAUUCUCUACGUUACACCAGACAAUCAGAACUCAGUUGUCCGAGUGAACGUAAAAGGAGAGAAACCGAAACUACGCAAACGGUUGAGUUUAAAGCGAUUCUUCCAGAACCUGUUUCUUCCGGCUGGGUAUCCUGACAGUGUUAGCAGUGACUAUUUGGAUUAUCAAAAGUGGGACACGUUACAAGCUUUCUGCAGCACAAUCAGCGGGACACUGACUACGCACUCUAUUCUCAGGGGUGUUGGAGUUGGCAGUGACGCAGCAAAUGCUCUUUCGGCCACCGUCACCUGGGUGUUGAAAGACGGCAUGGGACACUUUGGACGAAUUUUAUUCGCGUGGUGGAAAGGUACGGAACUUGACAUCGAUUCGAAAAAAUGGCGCAUAAGAGCAGACAUACUAAAUGACAUUGCAAUGUCCAUCGACUUGUUCGUUCUACCGGCCUAUCCGAAAGCCGCUACUAUGAUUCUCUGUGCAACAACCACAAUGAAAGCGAUUGUAGGAGUGGCUGGAGGCGCAACUCGAUCGGCUCUUACUCAGCAUCAUGCUAUUCGUGGAAACCUAGCGGAUGUGGCUUCCAAGGAUAGUGCCCAGGAAACAUGUGUUAAUUUGAUUGCAUCAUUUGUGGGACUUUUUCUACUGACUCACGUACAGGAUCAGAGAAUCCUUUAUGGACUAUUUUUGUUUGUAACUUUGUUACACGUCUACGCUAAUAUUAAGGCCGUGAAAGCAGUAUGUUUGCGUAUUUUUAAUGAAGCUCGAUAUCUUAUCACGCUAGAGGAAUAUUUUAAGUCCGGCUCAAUGCUUUCGCCGGAACAAGUGAACAAACUGGAACGAGUUACCAUUGGUCAAACGGUUUCGCUUACUGCACAUGUAAAAAUAGGCUGCUCGGCUCGAGAUUUGGCACAAUAUUAUCGCAACUGUUACGAUUUAGAAAACGUGAUUGCCUGUUUCGAUUCUAGGGAAAAGUUUCUCGUUUCGGAAACUCGCAAUUACGUUGGUGUGUAUUUGCACAUUUCCGUAAAACCAUUGGACAUUAUCAAAUCAUACUUUUAUGUGGCUUCCUAUCUGCAAGAUAAAAGUCAGCUACGGGAUCGAUAUUGGGAAAUUCAAAACAAAUGGAAUGAAUUUCUCAAUCUAGCCCAAUGCGAGGGUUGGAACAUGCAAGCUCAUCUGCUCAAAACAGAUGAGUAUCGGUUGGACUGGCGAAUAUAAAAUAAUAGUAAAGAUGGUUGCGGCACCUACAUGGAAGAAAUUAUAUAAACCGAAAAUGAGCAAUUAGGGCAAUUUUAAAACUUCCAAAUUUUAACCAGUCGAAAUAUGCGAUCGAUUUUUAGGGUGCCAAAGAAGCAAUCUAGUCUCAAUUACUGUGUAAAGAAAUAAUAACUACAAACAUUUUGGACCAAAACAAAAAAAAAACAAACAGUUCAAAUUGAUUUGACAAGUGCUGUAUGAAAGUUAGUUCUUAAUCGAAACAUCGAAAACACAUAAUAUGGCAUGUGUUGGUUGCUGCAUUCGCAGACUGUGCUGCAUCCAUGUCAAUUUAUGACAUGAUAAAUAAUUUAUCCUAGGAAAUAACACCUUCGCAAUCGGAAAAUUGCAGCGUUACCAACUCUAGUAUAAACACUAUAGUAACUAUUUUUCUACACAUUCCAAUUUAGUUAGAUUAAUGCUUUAGAACAGCAAUAUUCUAGAAAUUACAUUACACUGAAAGCAAUGGUACCUACAUAAUUUCUUGUGUAAAAUUUACCGCUAAUUAGCUGGUAUAUGAGAGCAGCUAUACUAUCGUUCUUGUCAAGUUACUAUUACUACUGAUUUUAAUUAAAGAAUGUAGGAAAAAUCACCUCUGUUGUCUCUGGAUAGGCUAUCGGCUAAAAUUCACAGAAAUAGCCAACAACUAGCUUAUGAUAUCAUUUUGCCUUCUAGCCAUACCGAGAAAACUAAAUGCAUGCAUGCGCUAAGUAACUUGUUUUGCGCUUUUCAAACAUUUCACACGCAUCUCUUAAUAUUUUCUAAAUCAAACCAUAUGAGAAACCAAAAGUGUAGUCAUAUCACGUCGGCCAUCGUUUAUCAGUUGGCAAACCGUGUAGUAGACAGUAACCAAAUAGUACUGACAAAAAAAAACAAUUAAUAGGCAGUUUGAAUUUUCCGUAUGAAACUUAGUAUGCUGUUGAUACAAAAAAGUCGAUAAAGACGGUUUUAAAUGACGAUUUUCUAUCUUAAUUAGAAGUGCACAAUCACACGAAUUACAUCAAUUUUUAGAUGAUUAGUCCAUAUCUAUUAGAAUAAAAUGCUUUUAUGAUAGUAUGCGUGAUACUGUUUUAUGUAUUUGAUGCUUGGUUUUGUACCUAGCAUUUGUUUUAUAAUAGAUAUUUCCUGAGUCGCUUAUAAUAUAGUACUUUGAUUAAU